UUUUUUGUUGUUACCGUUUGCGUAUUCUUGUAGAAUCAAUAAUGAUCUUUACUUUGCAGGCGUUCCUUGAUAGUCCGAGGAUCGAAGUCCUUGAGUCUUGUCGUAAGGCCGACUUAUUGUGUGUUGCCGCCCAUUUUGGUAUACCAGUGUCUAGACAUGCCAUUAAAAGAGAGCUCAGGGCUGAGCUUAUAGAGCAUUUAGUGGAGUUAAAGGUCCUUGUUGCCAGUGUCCCGUCUGUCUCUAAAGAUGAAACUGCCGGUGUGGCUGUUGACAGCAACGCCGUGGGUGUUGUCACGCCUCCAGGAAAGGUAGAGGAAGCUGAGGUCCCUCCUGCGACUUUACCACGCUUUGAUCCUUUGUCCCCCGAAUUGGGGAGUUCUAGCAGGGAUGCUAAGCUUAAGCUUCGCCUCACGCGGCUACGUCUGGAGACAGAGGAGAGGGAGAGAGAAAGAGAGCGACGGGCAGAGUAUGAGCUCCGCCUGCAGGUUCGCAGGAUGGAGAUUGAGGCGGACAAGGAAGUCCGGCUGAAGCAGCUGGAGGUUGAGGCUUUGCAACACUCUGCAGCACAUUCUUCGAUGGCAGACACUGCUACUGCUUUAGCGGUUUCUAACGGGAAAAGGGGGUUUGAUGUAAGCAGAAACAUAGCGAUGGUGCCUACGUUUCGUGAGUCUGAGGUGGAUUCCUACUUUAAAGCUUUUGAACGUGUGGCAAUAGCUCUUGACUGGCCAGAGGACAUGUGGUCCAUAUUGCUUCAAUGUAAGCUGGUGGGAAAAGCUCAGGAAGUUGUAUCCUCUCUUUCUGUUGCUGACAGCUUACAAUACACAGUGCUGAAAGAGUCUAUAUUGCGUGCCUAUGAACUUGUACCAGAAGCAUACAGGCAGAAAUUUAGGAAUCACAAGAAACCUAGUGGUCACACAUUUGUUGAGUUUGCAAGAGAAAAAAGUGUUCUCUUUGACAAGUGGUGUUCGGCCAGUGAAGUUCAAAACAAUUUUGAGUCUCUCCGUCAGCUUGUUCUUCUUGAGGACUUUAAGGGUUCAUUACCAGAGAAAGUCGUUGUGUUCCUCAAUGAACAAAAAGUUACAUCAUUGUCAAAGGCAGCAGUGAUGGCUGACGAGUUUGUUUUAACCCAUAAGACUGUGUUCUGGUCUCAUUCUGAAGGGUUAGCAGGACCCCGCCCUCUGAGAGUGGAGCCUAGAUCGUUUCCUCAGGAUAAGCCCAGAGAACUAUCAACUUCCCCUCGUGGUAGUCGUGAAUGUUUCUACUGCCAUAAAAGGGGCCAUGUUGUUGUAGAUUGUCCUGGUCUGAAACGCAAAUUGUCAUCCACAUCACCUCAACCUAAAGGCAUGGGUCUGCUCAAAAGUUUGCCAGGUAUGGACAAGCCUCAAACUUUAGACCCAUGUUUCAAACCUUUUGUGUCUCAGGGUUUCAUUUCAGAAACAGGCCAUCCAGACUACCAACAGCCGGUGACUAUGCUGAGAGACACGGGCGGCUCACAAUCUGUCAUACGGGAAGGAAUAUUGCCAUUAACUGAGGGCUCUUCAUGUGUGGAUUUCAUUCUCGGAAACGACAUAGCGGGUGGAAAGGUUGUACCAGCUCCUGAGGUGACAGAAAACCCUGUUGUGGACUUAGGUGUUGAGAAUCCACAGCCAGGUUUUGAAGGUUUCCCUCAUUGUGUUGUCACCAGGGCUCAAACACAGAAGUACGGUCUUGAUUUGUCUGAUUCCUUUCUUGCUGGAGAAUGUGUUUCGGUGAAGGGCAGAUCUAGCAGAUUGCCUAAGGUUUCACCUAAGUCUUUAACAUCGUGUCCUACAACAGUUGAAUUACCAGCUACACGAGAAGAAUUCAUCGCAGCACAGAAGGAAGACACAUCCAUUAAGAAAUGUCAUGCGCUUGUUCUUUCUCUUACAGAGGCUGAGAAAAUGAAAACUGCAUAUUUUUACAAUGAUGGCUUACUAAUGCGCCGAUGGACAAGCGGAAACCCUAGUGAGGACUGGGCAGUGACUAAUCAGGUGGUUGUGCCUACAGUCUUUCGUCCUCAGGUGUUGAUGCUGGCUCAUGAUCACCUGUGGUCGGGACACCUGGGGGUUACAAAAACCUAUGAUCGUGUCCUUAAACAUUUCUUUUGGCCUGGACUCAAGUCGGAUGUCAUUCAUUACUGUCGCACUUGUCACAUAUGUCAGUUAGCAGGAAAACCAAACCAAGUAGUUCCUCCUGCCCCCCUCGUUCCUAUUCCUGUGCAUGAGGAACCAUUCGAGAGGGUCAUUGUCGAUUGUGUGGGACCACUGCCGAAGGCAAAAACCGGAAACCAGUUUAUACUCACCAUCAUGUGUGCAUCUACAAGGUUCCCUGAAGCGGUCCCUUUGAGGAGAAUAACAGCUAAUGUUAUUACUAAGGCUUUGGUGAAGUUUUUCUCUGUGUUUGGUCUACCAAAAGUAAUACAAACAGAUCAAGGCACUAACUUCAAGUCCAAGGUUUUUAAAGAAGUAUUAAAAGGAUUGAAUAUCCGUCAUGUCACAUCUAGUUCCUAUCAUCCGGAGAGCCAAGGAGCACUAGAACGAUUUCAUCAAACACUGAAGUCAAUGGUCCGCAAGCAUUGCCUGGCUUCUCGUAUGAGUUGGGAUGAGUCCCUUCCCUUUUUGAUGUUUGCUGCCCGUGGAGCAGUACAGGAGUCUCUGGGAUUCAGCCCUGCUGAAUUAGUGUUUGGACAUCAGGUCAGAGGACCACUACAGAUUCUACAGGAGAGAUUAGUGGAUCUUGAGAAGCUUGUUCGACAUCUCCCUGAGUAUGUUGUAGAGUUACGAGAGCGACUGAAAAAAGCAUGUUCCCUCGCUCGUGACACUCUAGCCUCCUCUCAGGAAAAGAUGAAAGGACACUUCGACAGAAAAACAGUGGUUCGCUCUUUUCAGCCCGGUGAUCAAGUCCUACUUCUCUUACCUAUACUCGGUUCUGCGUUGUCUACCAGGUUUUCUGGUCCAUACAUAGUUGAGAAAAAACUCAGUGAGACAAACUAUGUACUUAAGACGCCUGACCGUCGACAGAAAACUAGAGUAUGUCAUGUAAACAGGAUGAAAAGGUAUUGUUCAAGGGAAGGUGAAACCCUGGGGUCCACAGCUAGUUCUUCAGUUUCACCUGUUGUUCCAAUAGCUACAGCCAUUACAGAGUCUAGUUCGGCUGGGCUGGGGCUAUGUGAAAAAACACCAGGGGUGGCUAGGCUUAACAACUCAGAAAUACUGUCCAACCUCCCCCUGUAUUUAUCACAUCUUUCUGACUGUCAUAGGAAUGACAUCCAAGAGCUCAUUUCUUGCUUCCCGGAUCUUUUUGGUGACAUCCCUACGAGGACUACUGUUGUGUCUCAUGACAUUACUUUGACCAAGCCCGAUCCAGUCAAGCAGCAUGCUUAUCGGGUCAAUCCAGUAAAGCGAGGGAUAUUGAAGCAGGAGGCGAAUUAUCUCCUUGAACAUGGCUUUGCAGUCCCAAGCCAUAGUCCCUGGAGCUCUCCCUGCUUACUGGAUACUAAAUCGGAUGGCAGUCCAAGGUUCUGCACUGAUUUUAGGAAAGUAAAUGCCGUGACAGUGCCAGACGCAUAUCCAUUACCUUUAAUGGAUGACUGUAUUGAUGAAGUUGGUCCUGCCACAUAUGUUACCAAGUUGGACAUGGGUUACUGGCAAGUUCCCUUAACUGCAAGGGCUUCUGAGAUUUCCGCCUUUGUGACACCAGAUCACUUUCUACAGUACACGGUAAUGCCCUUUGGAUUGUGUAAUGCUCCGGCUACGUUCCAAAGACUCGUUAACAAAGUCCUUGGUGAUGUGCGGAACUGCCGAGCAUAUUUAGAUGACAUUGUUGUGUAUUCUGAUGUCUGGUCUAACCAUCUUGCUACAUUGAGGGAUGUGUUCGAACGUUUAUCAGCGGCAUCCCUCACUCUAAACCUUGCCAAAUGUGAAUUCGGUAAGGGUACCAUCCUGUAUCUUGGUCAGCAGCUGGAGAUAGACGCCAGCGCGGAUGGUGUUGGUGCUGUUCUCCUACAGGAGGAUGACUCAGGAAUAGACCACCCAGUGAGCUACUUCUCGAAGAAGCUCAAUGAUCAUCAGAAGAGGUACUCCACCAUUGAGAAAGAGGCUCUGUCAUUACUCCUGGCGUUACAGCAUUUCGAGGACUACAACCUCGAGAUGCACCACAAGAGGGGUUCUGAAAAUGUUAUCGCUGAUGCCUUAUCGCGAUCUGUGUAG